AUGCGUUACUCCGUGGGGCCAUUGUCUGGCGAUAGCGUGACCGUGACGAAGAUUGGCUUCGGCGUCUCGACUGGCGUUGAGAUGCUGCUGGAAGACAAGCUCGAGAUCGUCGGUGUUGCAGUUGAUGUUGCUGAAGGUACCGAUGGGCUAGGAGUUGAUGUACUUUUGACGGAUGAUGUUGAUGGUGAUGUGGGUGUUGGCGUGGGAAUCGACGAAGCCGGUGUAGGUGUUGACGAUGACGACGACUUCAAGACGCUGCUUGAGCUGCAGCUAGAUGACGACGCGGGCGCCGGUUGA